UUUCGCAGCAUGCUGUUACUUGCCAAUUCACACUGUUUGUGACAAAAAUUGUGGCUUCAUUUUUGGUAUACACUUCCAAUAAAACGCUAGCGCGCUCACGGCCCAAGACUUCUGGUAUAAAGAGAUCCAUAAAGUGUUUAAACAGGUAUCAUCGUCUCCCAUUUCUAAGUCGUCUAAUCAUUACUUGCAAUGGCUAUUCUCUCUGCUUUGAUUCUAGCCGCUAUCGUGACCGUGGCUCAAGCCCAGUCUCUCACUGUUGUCAACUCUUGCACCGAAUCUGUCUUCUUGAACACGGGCACCAGCUAUGGUACUAUCAACAACGAUGUCACCGUCGCUGCAGGCCAGAGUGCAAACCUAGGCAUUAGCUCUGACUGGGACGGCGCUAUCAACGUCGGUACUGGAUGCAACAGCGAUGGUUCUACGUGUACUACCGGUGGCCCUACCUGGGACGGUGUCACUCCCUUCAGCAGAGCCGAAUUCAACUUUUACGCAACUGCCGGAAGUGUGACAUAUGAUAUCUCGCUCAUCUAUGGAUAUAACGUUGGAAUGGAGAUUUCCUCCGGUGAUUCGAGCUGCGAUAAUUUCGCUUGCACAAUCUCAUCUGGCUGUCCCGUUCCUGGACCUGGAACCGACACGUGCUACUCCCCGUGCUGCUCCUCUGCGAGCGCGUGCAGCGGUGGCGCCCUUCCCGCUAGUGGAGGAGGCUGUACUAACAACGAGGGCCCUGGCCCCAACAGUGCUUUCUACUAUGACACUUGUUAUAAUGCCUAUGCAUUCCCUGACAAUGACGGCUCUAAUGGCUAUACUCCUGCUGACUUGGUCGUUUAUACUUGCGGCAACACCGAUAUCACUCUUACUCUGUGCUCUGGCACAACUUCUGACUACACCGACUAAAUAUAGGCAGUGAAUGACCGUUUA